CUCAUUUCAGUUCAGUUAGUUCAACAAUCGUGAAGGAACUAUAGUUUAUAAUUUGUAUAACAUUUACAAAAGUCUUAGAUAAAUUAAUUUAAAACUUAAUUAACAAUCUGUGAUCUCUUACAUGAAGAAUAUUGUAUUUCAUCAUUUUAAUGAACUAUUCAAGUGAAGCAUAUGACACAUCUCUAAUCAUAACAAAUGUUAGCGGCUGUCGGCUAGUAAGCCCAUGUACACAUAAAUUAAACGAAAACAAAAACAAAACCUCUCCAGAGAGGUCUGAGAAUGACGCUAUCACACAUACAAACAGCAACGAUUACGUGGCUGUAUAUCGUUCAGACGCUCUUUAUAUGUACUAUGCGCAGCUCACUGAGAAUAUAACUUAGUCUCGUUUUUAGUCUGCGACACGGCGGAACGCAUUAUUCUGCUUCACGGCUGAUUUCAAGAUGAAGCAAGCAACAAGCUCGGGUUCUGAGUCGUCACCAUGGCUGUUACAAAUUCAAAGCCUGCUAAACAGCAUAAAUCAUAUGCUGAUCUUUAUGGUGGGUGCCUUCUUCUUCACACUCGCCAGGAGUCUGGAAUUUCAAGAUACGGCCAUGCACAUGUUCAUGACGGGCAUAGGAUUUCAUGUACUAAUUGCUCAGGCAUUGAUGUCACACUAUAAGGUAAACCGAAUUACCCGCUGGCUCUCACACAAGAACAAAUCCCGUUUGCAUGGCGUGCUGCAAUUGGUCGGUGGUUCGAUGGUGCUGCUGGGCGCCUUGGGCAAGUUCUCCCAGAAGGAUGUGCACUUUGACACUUGGCAUGGAAGAUUCGGUGUGGCAGCUGCCUUUGGGUGCGCUGCGAGCGUUGUUGGCGGUCUGGUUAACUUCUUCCAACCCAAAUUUGCGUUGAAAGUAUUUCCACCAUCGGAAAUGCGAUUCCGUCAUAAUCUCUUUGGGCUGCUCAGCUUUACGAUUGGCAUGACGGCUAUUUACCUGGGCUACUAUUCAAAGUUCUUUACACGUGUCGUUGAUCAUGAAUUUAUACCUGCCCUAAUGCUAACCACGGUAUUGGUCUACCUCCUGACCAUAAUUGGGCCGGUGGGCUCGCUGCUAACGAAGCUCAAGUACCGCAGGCAAAAGUCCGCGUAAAAGGGGCCGUCGACUAGGUAUACAAAUUGGUGAAGGUUAUGAGGCUACAUGAAAGGGAGAAUUCUCUUUCAUUGAGUACAAUAAAAAAUGAAUACAAAAUAAACUUUCUAAAGCGCAACGAAGGCAAUUUGAAUUGUCAAUUGGCUUAGCGCUUCGCGCUUGGCUCGUUGCCAAACAAAUUCCUUGACUGCAUAUUUAAUUGGAUAUGCGUUGCAGACAUGCCAGACAUAUUAUGACAAACCGUAAUCUGUCAAUAUAAUGAAGAUAUAUGCAAACAAUGACCAUCAUAGAUUUCAAGUGCAUUAUCAGUUAGAGAGUAUUCUAAAAUUGAUGUCUUAUGUCUUUCAAAAUAAAUGUGUGUUAAAUGUGUUCAAUGGUUGCUCUAGAUCAAUAUAUAAAUGUAUAAUUGUCAUAAAUAAAUGUUUUGCUAUCCCGUGAAA